CACAGUUUCAUCAAUUAUGUUGCCGAUGAUGGAUUAUUCCAACUCCAUGUUUUUGUCGAUUUAAUCAAGCUCGAUAACUGAGAUGUUUACCUCUUCUAGAUGACUAUGCACAUUCUCUUAAAACGACGCCCAGAAAUGCAACUGGGGGUGGUUCAACAACCGGCGCGAAAUUCAAACCCCUACGGUGUUGCGUCAGCCAAUAGCGACCAACCAAAGAAGAGGCCAUUUUAUUUUGCGCAAUUGCGCAUCCGUGCAGAAGUUCACAUGGUGUGCGAGUGCGUGCGGCUGAGUAGCUGAGCUAAGUACACCUGUUGAUAAAAGGUAUGAGUACCUCAUCAGGCUCCCCCGAACAGGGGAAGGAGAAAGGUCGCGAGUCUUUGAAGGCCAUUAUGGCGCAGAAGAAGAAGGAAAUGUUGCAGAAUAUGCCAGAUAAUCCGGAUUCUGCAGAUGCUCUGAUCGAUCCAUACGCAAAUUCCACGGCUUCAAACUACAUAACAAGAGGAAAAACUGGCGUCGUUUGUGACACUGAAGUUUUAAAGCAUAAAUGUGAUUGGGAUGACAAUUAUCCCGAAAAUCCGCAACGACUGUCGGCUAUCUUGGAAAAAUGUUCCGGUCAGGGCCUUUUUGAGCGCUGCAUCAAUAUCCCAAACAUUAUGCGACCGGAUUUGUAUGAAAAAGUCAUUUCCAAACAUACUCCUGAGCUUUACGAGAAAUUGGAAAGGGUUUCGAAUAUGAGUUUAAAGGCUAGGGAAGACGCGGCUUCUGAUUAUGACGCAAUUUAUUUCAAUCAGUUUACUUUUGAUGCUGCUUGUCGUUCUUUAUCUUCUGUUUUAAAUCUUGUGACAGCUGUUGCAAAACGCGACGUGCAAAAUGGUAUGGCUUUGGUGCGCCCUCCGGGUCACCACGCCAUGGAAAAUGAGUACAACGGUUAUUGUUAUUUUAAUAAUGUUGCAAUAGCAGCAGAAUCCGUCAUUCGAGAAGGUCACUCAAAAAGAGUAAUGAUUGUAGACGUCGACGUCCACCACGGCCAAGGGAGUCAACGUAUGUUUUACGAACGCGAUGAUGUUCUUUAUUUCUCAAUUCACCGGUACGAGCAUGGCACCUUUUGGCCAAAUUUGCUUGAAAGUAAUUUUAAUUAUAUUGGCAAAGGUGACGGUUUGGGCUUUAACGUUAAUGUGCCUUUAAAUGAGACAUUGCUUGGUGACGAUGACUAUCUAGCCAUCGUCUUCAAUUUGUUAUUACCUCUUGGAUAUGAGUUCAACCCUGAUCUGAUUAUAAUAUCUGCUGGAUAUGACGCCGCAAUUGGCUGUCCAGAGGGGAAGAUGAAUGUCACGCCUGGGUUUUACUCCCAUUUAAUAAGUCUUCUCUCAACACUAGCACGAGGCCAAAUUGCUGUUGUACUCGAGGGAGGAUACUUUUUACCGACAUUGUCGGAAGGUGCAUGUAUGACAUUGAACUCUCUUCUGGGAAGCCCUUGCCCGAUGUUAGACCCAAUCAAAUGUGUUCAUCCAACUGUCAUCAAUACCAUUUGCAACGUCAGACGUAUGUUGCACAAAAGGUGGAAAUGUUUCGAUGUUGUUGAACUCCAAACACCGGAAACUGUCACAACAUACAGUCAACACAGAUUUGAAAUAUGCUACUUUGGCGACAAGAGAAAGCCACCAUUUGACAACGGGCCAGGGAGCUACCCGGGGAACACCGAAGAAAACUUCAGAUACUACACAAAACUAAACGAUGCUUUACGUGAACGCUAUGGUUAUGUCUUGGGCCUCCCUAUAAAUUACGUUUACGACGACCAAAUGCUUCAACACGCCCCACAACCAGGCGAUGUGGAACGGCCGGAGCGUCCACAACGGUUAAGUUCCAUCAUGGAAGUCUUAAAAGAAUUCGGAGUUCUCGAAAGGAUGAGUCGAACUCCUAUAGUGCGCCGUGACUUCAGCGAAUAUUCUCCACAUUGUCGAUACUACUUCAGCACUGUCAACAAUACAAUGCAACAGUCUAAAGACGUUUACGUGAAUGAACACACUCAUGAUUCAAUUCUGUUGGCUGUAUCUGGAUUACUAAAUUUAAUAGACGGGAUAAUGAAGGGAACAUCACAAGCUGGAGUUGCUAUAAUACGCCCUCCGGGACACCAUGCGGAGCAAAAUAAAGCGAUGGGUUACUGUUUUAUCAACAAUAUUGCUGUGGCAGCAAACUACCUUCUUAAAAAAUACGAAGGGGAUAGAGUAUUGAUUAUUGAUUUUGAUAUUCAUCAUGGGAAUGGCACCCAAAACAUGUUUUACGAAAACGACAGUGUCAUGUAUAUCAGCAUCCACAAGGACGAAAACGGGAAAUUCUUCCCUGCGAAUUCUCCCAGGAACUACACAUUCGACGGAUACGGACGCGGACGCGGAUUUAAUAUCAAUAUUCCUUUCAGUAAUGACAAGAUGGGGGACACCGAAUACUUGGCAGUUUUCCACAAUAUCAUUUUGCCGGCAGCUUAUUCUUUUGCCCCACAAGUCGUUCUUGUGUCUGCCGGUUUUGAUGCAGGCAUCCACGAUCCUUUGGGUGGUUACGUGGUCAAUCCUGAGACUUUCGGUCACUUCAUCCACAUGCUGAAAGGUCUGGCUAAAGGAAGAUUGAUCCUCGCGUUGGAAGGAGGAUACAACUUGACAACAACAAGCUAUGCUUUUGCCAUUUGCUCCAAGGCUCUCUUAGGAGAUCCAAUCAUUAUGCCAAAUAACAUUUAUAAAAACUUUUCAUCGGAAGCAAUCAAAACAAUUCGUAACGUGACAAAUAAUUUCAAACAGUAUUGGCCAAUCUUCGAGGUAAAUCGCAAACUCGGAGAAACUCCUUAUAUUUUGAAGAAAUUAAAAGACUUCAAGGAAAAGAAUUACGGACAAGAAUUGGUAAGGGCCAUUGAUCCAAAUCGCGUGCAUGAUAACGCGUAUGUUGAGGGGGAAAUGAAAGCUUUAAACGACUCUUAAUCUAGUCUGUUUGCUCGUACUAACAGCUCAAUAUUUUAGUUUUUACGUCAAUUGUUUUACUUUUAAGUUUGUGUAUGUGUGUCUAAAUGGGGUGAAUGAACCCGGUCAAUAAUUCUAGUCUUAUUGAUUUUACCUGAUAACUAGUCGCAAUAACGACUAAUAUUUUAAUUUUAACAUUCCAGUUUUAUAUUGACAUCCUGUAGUAGGUUAAGCCUGUUUUGUACUUGUUUCAUAUACUUAAGUCUUGAUUUACUAAAGCGACUAGAUAAUUACUUUUGUUUCGUUUUUUCAUAUUGUUUGUAAAAAGUUUUAUUUUAAUUUUAGUGUUUAGUUGUUAAUUGUUUCUAUCGAUUUUAUUUUUAAUCGAUAACUGAUCGGGCAACCGACGCUGAUCUGAGUAGUUUGAGGCAGAGUUGAAGGAUUUAGAAUCCUUUCAAUAAAUCUAGUCUCUUUACUCAUUGCAACUCAUUGAUAUUAUUGUAGUGUAGUAUAUUAUAGAUAUAGUGUUUGUUCGUUGCUAAAUUUAUGUAGUUUUAAGUACUUGUUAUCAAUUUUAUUGGUAACCAAUUGUGCAAAGAGUCCUGAAUCAAGUAGGUUGAGGCAGAUUUGAAAAGAUUUACUUAAAUCCAUUCAAAAAAUCUAGUCUCACUCAUAGUUAGCCUAAUAAUAUUAACAAUUGUCAGAGUAUAUAUUUGGUGUUUGUAUUUGCGUUUGUCGUUAAUUGUAAGUUUUCUAAUUUUUUUAAUAAAAGCUCAAUUUACA